UUUUUUCCUCAUCCAUUUUAAAUCAAUCUUUUAGCUUAAACCUUUCUUUUUUCUAAAUUAUUGCUUCAAUUUCUCCUUUUUGCCCUUCAUUUCUUCUUAUAAAUCCAACCAUCUCUUCUACUAUUUCCCAAACCCUCCUAAGAUCAUCAUUUGUUUCAGCGAGUUUAUCCUUAAACUCGCAGAAUUAAAUGUGAUCAAUCACUAUUAUUCUUAUCGUCUCUAUUUUAUCAACGAUUAUAUUUUUUUUAUCCUCUAAAUUACUAUAUCUAUAUACAUAUAUAUUUGUAUGUGUCACGUACGUUUUCUUAUUUGAAUCAUGAAGAUACAUUCAAAAAAAAGUUCAAUAGUAGCCAAGAGGCUAUGGAAUUUCUUAAGAGUCGCCUUUUUUAUGGUAAGAAAAGGUUUAAUAUCUAAGAAAAAACUUCUGAUAGAUAUAAAUCUCUUUUUCAAACGAGGUCGACUUAUUCGAAAAUCAUUAAGUAAUUUUUUACAUCUCCACCACCACCAGCACCACUACCAGAUGAGUCGUGCUAGAUACGCACAAUGUGAAUAUGAAUUCUCAUGCAGUAAUAGCCCUAAUCCCGUUUUUUUCCACAAAUCAUCUACAAAACGAACACAUGCACACCAUGAUAAUCACAAUGCUAUUGUUUUGGUGCCUACAACUCCAGAAUAUUCGUUUAAUUUACGUUUCGACGUUAAUGAAUAUGAUUUAUCGUCUUCUGGAGAGAAUUGUAGUCCAAUUCGAUCACCAUUUCCUAUUAUGAUUGCGGAUUAUUCGUCUGAUGAUGAGAUUAAUGAUGAAAAUAAUGAUUUACAUGUUGAUUAUGAGGCUGAGGAGUUUAUUAAGAAGUUUUAUGAUCAAUUAAAGGCUCAAAGUCGUGUGCAAUUGUUACAAUAUUAAUUGUAUGAAAAUCGAUUGGCGCCUUGUAAACCAAAAAAAAAAAAAAAAAAAAAAUUACUUUAUUAUUCUUUAUGUAAUUUGGUGUUGUGGAAGUAAUUAUACAAUACUUUGCGUUGUGUUUUUAUGAGAUGAUUUCCAUCUGUUGGUUGGUUAUAUUUAUAUUCAUGUUUUGUUGUGAUUUUUAUUUUAAAUUGUUUAAAAAAGUUUAGAGUUUGGACCGUUGGUGAUCCAUUAUAUAAUUAUUUGCUAUAAAUUUGGAUUUGAAUUGGAAAA